AUGACGGACACGCGACUGGGGACCUACGGCUGCGCGUCGCUGACGACGUACGUCAUCGCGAAGGUGGCCCUCCUCGCCGCGUGCGGCGCGUCGUCGUACGGCUACGAGUACGACGGGGGGUCAUCAAAUCCGCUAUCAGGGUCCCUGUCCCUAACCGGCGCGGGGCCGGCGUUGGUGCUCGGCCACGCGCUCGCGCGUUGGACCGCGCCGUAUCUGAUUCGCACGCGCGCGUACGUCGACGAGGGCGGCCCCAAGUACAAGUACUACUCGUUCAUGCUCCGGGCGCGGUCGCUCGUGGGGUGGGCGCGGGUCGCGGUCGCGGGCGCGACGGCGCUCGCGGUCGCGGCGGCGGUCGUCGGGGUUCAGACGGCGUGCGUUUUGUUUUUGGUCGUGUGGACGUUCGCGGAGGCGGCGGGGAGGUACGGAGAGUAUCUGCUCGGGGGCGUCAUGGGGGACUACCUCGGCGCGACGAUAUGCAUCGCGGAGCUGCUCGUGCUCGCGAUGGUGGUGAUGGUUCAAAACGCUCAGAACGCGGGCGUUUACGCGUCGAUCGUUAAGGCUGGGGGGAUACUGAAGUCGUUCGCGGAGGAGCGCGCGGCGGCGGCGGCGGCGGCGGCGGCGGCGCCGAAGAAGGGUUUAUCGCGGCUGUUCAACCUCUUCGCUUCGAAACCGCCGCCGAGAGUGGCGGCGGCGACCGCGCGCGCGUUCCUUCGCGAGACGUUCGUGGACGGCGACAGCGGCGCGCGGUGGGCCGCGAUCGCGAGGUUCGUCGCGCUGCUCCUGGCCACGUACGCGUGGUGCAAACGCGUCGGGCAUCCGGACGUGUUCGUUCGCGCCAACGCGGUGGCGGCGGCGGAUGCGGCCGAGGAGGAGGAGGAGGAGGACGACGAUCUAGACGAGGAGACGGCGCUCACGGAAUCCGAGGACGAGAGAGACGAGUUCUCGCGCGGGCGCUCGAGGACCGUCCGCGCGGCCGUCGCCGCCGCCGUGCCGGCCGCGUCGUCGGCGACGCCGUCGCCGUCGCGGUCGUCGUUCGGCGCCGGCGCCUUCGACGACGCGACGCGACAGUCGCUCGCGGGCCCGUUCGCCGCGUUGGAGCUGCACACGCCGCCGGUGCGCCGCGGCGUCGCCGCCGCGCUCGCGGCGGCCGCGGAGCACGCCAACGCCAACGCCAACGCCAACGCGACGCGCGUUACGACCGAGACGCAGACGCUGAACGAGCGCGAGUCCGCGGAGGUGGCGUGCGCGUCCCCGGUGGCGUCGUUUGAAAAACGCGCCGCCGCCGCGCGCGCCUACCUCGACGCGCUCGCGAAACCCGUCGGCUCGUUGGGCACUAUCGAGGCGUGGGCGUCGAGGCUCGCGGCGCUUCAGCGCACGAUGAACGUCAAGGUGGACGCGAUCGCGUGCCUCAUCUUCGCCGCGGAUCACGGCACCGCGGCGUCGAGAGAGGAGGGCGGCGAGAGUUGCUCCGCGUAUCCCCGAUCCGUCACGCGGAGCGUCCUGGAAGGCAUCGAGAAGGGCGUCGCCGGCGCGUGCGUCAUCGCGCGGUGCAACGGUGUGUCGCUGCGCGUCGUCGACGUCGGCGUCGCGGGCGCCAACUUCCCGCGCGACGGACGCGUCGUGCGGGUGUCGAGCCGGAAGCUGAUCGGCGGGACGGCGUGCUUCACGCGGCGACCGGCGAUGCACUCGGAGACGGCGGACCGGCUCGUGCGCGUCGGCCGCGACGCGUUCAUUCAGUACGUCCUCACGGAGACCAACGCCGACGCGGUGUGCCUCGGGGAGGUCGGCAUCGGGAACACGACGGCGGCGUCCGCGCUGAUCUGCGCGCUGACGGGGGCGUCGCCGCACGACGUGUGCCGCGGCGGCGCGCGCGCGGGGCGCGACCUCGACGAAGACGCCGUGCGGAAUAAGAUUGACGUCGUGGAGCGCGCGUUGCGGCUGCACGCGGCGUCGAUGCGGACCGCGGGCGCCGCGCUCGCGAAGCUCGGCGGCGCGGAGAUCGCCGCGCUCGUCGGCGCGAUCCUCGAGGCGAGCGAGAGGGACGUCCCCGUCCUCGUCGACGGGUUCGUCGUCACCGCCGCGGCGCUCGUCGCCGCGGCCAUCUCGCCGGCGGCGUGUCGCGUGAUGUUUUUCGCGAGCAAGUCCGGGGACGAGACCGGGCAGGGCGCGGCGAUGGCGAAGGUGCGGGCGAUCGCGAGGGAGAACGGGAUCGACAUUCAGGAGGGGCCCGCGCUGUCCAUGGGGUUGAGGAUGGGGGAGGGGUCCGGCGCGAUGCUCGCGGCGCCGAUUUUGCGCUCCGCCGCCGAGGUUUUGAAUCGGAUGGGGACGAUCAAAGAGUUGCUGUCGUCGGACGCGGGGGGCGGCGGGGGAGGGACGCCGAGGGAGAGCGAGCGCACGCCGACGUCGUCGUCGAACAUGACGACGCAGACGCCGACGCGAGGGAAGCGAUCGAAGUCGUUCUUAGCGUCGCUCGACGACACGACGUCGUCCUCCGACGGCGAGGAGGAGGAGGAGGACGACGAUGACGACGACGACGACGACCGCGGGCUGGCGAGCGAAAAGUCCGUGGAGUACGAGCAAGUCAUGCGCGCGCUCAGUCCCUGA